AUGGCAGGCCUCUGGCUUUGGGGGCUGGCUCUGCUGGCCUUGCCAGGUUGGAUCCUUGGAGCAUCCUUAGCCUUCAGAUGUCCAGGAGCCUGUGACACUGGGGUCCCAGAAGGCCUCACCUCUGAAGGGACCCAGGUGUCCUGGGACAAGGACAUCCCUGCGAUUAACCAAGGGCUCAUCCCGGAGGAGACCCCAGACAGCAGCUUCCUGGUGGAGGGGGACAUCAUCCGGCCGAGUCCCUUUCGACUAUUGUCAGUGACCAGCAACAAGUGGCCCAAGAGUGCCAGCGGUGCUGUGGAGGUCCCCUUCCUGCUCUCCAGCAAGUAUGAUGAGCCCAGCCGCCAGGUCAUCCUGGAGGCGCUGGAGGAGUUCGAACGUGUCACCUGCAUCAGGUUUGUCACCUACCAGGGCCAGAGAGACUUCAUCUCCAUCAUCCCCAUGUCGGGGUGCUUCUCGGGCGUGGGGCGCAGCGGAGGGAUGCAGGUGGUGUCCCUGGCGCCCGCCUGUCUCCGGAGGGGCCGGGGGAUCGUCCUGCAUGAGCUCAUGCACGUGCUGGGCUUCUGGCAUGAACACUCACGGGCCGACCGGGAUAACUACAUCCGCAUCAACUGGAACGAGAUCCUGCCGGGCUUUGAAAUCAACUUCAUCAAAUCUCGGAGCAGCAACAUGCUGGCGCCCUAUGACUACUCGUCAGUGCUGCACUACGGGAGGCUUGCCUUCAGCCGGCGUGGGCAGCCUACCAUCACACCACUCUGGGCCCCCAGUGUCCACAUUGGCCAGCGAUGGAACCUCAGUGCCUCGGAUAUCACACGAGUCCGCAGGCUCUAUGACUGCAGCCCAAGUGUCCCCGAGUCCCACGGGAGAGGGUUCCAGGAGGACAGCGAUGGUCGGAGUCCUACCCCUGACUCCAGGCCACACCUGCAAAGACUUCUGGAGGCACUGUUGGUAGGACCCAGGAGCCCUGAUACCCACGGCCCGAGGCCUGGAGGACAGCGUGUAGCUGCCGGGUCUGUGGAGAGCCCACACAGUGGGCAGCUCCCUGCCUGGAGGCAGCUCCGUGUGGAGGCCUUGGCGAGACCCCCUCAGACUCUGGCUGCUUCCCCAGGCCCCGCAGCAGGAGUGCCUGGCAUUGCUCUAGAGCAGCCCUGGCUGGCCCCAGAGGCCACCGUACACCCACUCCCAGAGGCCAGAGACCAGCCAGCGCCUGCUCUGGGGAGCCCAGCUCUGCCAGGGGACUAUGUCCCCAGAAGUCCCUUCAGAGGAAUGUCCAGAGAUUGAGCUUGUGGCCUCUGUUCCCAAAUGGGGAGCACAGGUUCUGCCUGGAAGAACGGAUUCACCAACCUUCUGUCCCUCUGGGCAGCAUCCCUGUCUUCUAUCCUCCCACCUGGCCACUCUCUCUGAGGCCAGGCCAGUCCCUCUGUCCUCUCUCCAUUGUGUUCCCCAAGGGCCUAGGGACAGAGUGACCCUCAGGUUCUGUCCUGGGGGAAGGCAGGCCUAGCUCUGCUUGCCCUUGACUUUUGCUCUAGCCUGGAGGAUGCAGAGAAUGGGAGGUGACAUUCUCCAGGGCCAGGAUCCUGGGAGGGGUGAGGAAGUUCCAGCCCUGAAGGCCCCUGGGAGCCUCCUGUAGCUGAGCCCCAGCACCCCCCCCCCCAUCAUGGUUAGAUGGUGCUGCCCUCCCUCUGCCUUGGUCAGGCCUCAGCGGGGAGUCCUCUGGCUCUGCCCCUGGAACAGCCUCCCGUCGCUGAUGUCCAGAGGCUGAGCCUCUGGUCUCCAGCUCUGCUCUCCAGGAAGCUCCGAGAGCCCAGUUCUCUCCCCUGCAGGGCAGGAGGACGGUGGCCUUGGGGCACCACCUGUGGGAAGACCAGGAAGAGGUGAGGCCCCACCAGGGCCACCCAGUGGGAACCCCAGCUAGAACCCAGACCCGAGGGGACUGGAUGCUUAUCACCCAGAUCACGGUUUCCAGGGAGCCUCGCCCUUCAAGAGCUCGGCCAGAGGAGGCCCUGGUGGCCAUGGGCUGCUUGACCCCCAGCCAUGCUUCCCUCUCCUCCCCAAGCUUGGGGCCUUCCCUGGGAGGUCUGAGUCAGGAGCAGAGAAAGUCUUGUGUGCCAGUGGGUGGGUCUGGGCCAGGAGCCCCCAGUCCCCAGGGGUGCGGUUCUAGAGCCUGUCGGGUCGAAGAAGCCCCGUGUUGGGGUGGGAGGGGAGCAGGAGCCAGUGAUAUUGGGACCCUCAGCUAUUUGGGGGGAAAACAGAAAUAAAGUUGGGUGCUUGCUGCAUAAGCCAUGCUGUGCUGAUCACCCCACGUGUGUGGGAACCGUCAACCCUCCUGGCUGCCCUGGGAGGGACGGUGGUGGGGUUGACCCACUUUCCAGAGGAGGAAAAUCUUCCGAAGGCUGUGGACCUGCUCAGGGAGGCGCACAGAGGAAGCAGCUGGAGGAUGAGGCUUGGCCUCCAGUUCUGGGGAGAACUUGGAUGUGGCCAGACUCCUGGAGUGGUCAGUGCUGAGACUGUACCGGGGGACAUAGGGCCAUGCUCAUGGACCUUUGCAGCCUCUGUCCCCAGUCUAUCUUGGGGGUUUCAGUCUAGAGUUCCCUAAAA